ACGAUUGAAGAGGUAACUAAAGCUAUCCACAAGCUAAAAUGUGACAAAAGUUGUGGACCUGACCAACUGUGGGGUGAAAUCUUCAUAGAGGGAUGUGUUAUAUUAGCACCCGUUCUGUGUUCCUUUUUUAAUAUUAUUUUUGACACUGGAUGCUAUCCCACAGAAUGGUCCGAUAUUAUUAUCGUCCCUGUUCCAAAGAAGGGCAAUUUAAAUGACACUGAUAACUACAGAGGGAUAUCAGUUAUGAACAUAAUCGCAAAAUUGUUUUCUACUAUUCUAAACUUUAGACUUAUGAAAUGGUCUGAAUCCAAUUAUAAAUUUGAUGAAAGCCAAAAAGUUCUUCUGUGCAUUUAUUGA